AUGAUUAGAGCCGAAGUCGACCGGACUUGUGUCAUAUUUUUUUCAGUGGUGAUACAGCGACACGGACAUCACCCGAUGAUCAGCAGAAUUCCUGGAGUUCAUGAACCUGCUGGCUCUGUAAGUAUGCUCAUACCUUCAAAGUCGUGCGCCUCAGCCAAACGGAUCCUUUCCAAGAGAGCAAUACCGGGCCUUGUGCUCGGUGCAGUUUCCCUCACAGCUCAAACGUUCAGCGGAUGCGUGACUAGCCUUCACAUUGUGUCCCAAGCACGCCAUUCAAAUGAAACUUUACUCAAAUUCAGAACAAGUCUAGAGAUAGAGCUGGCAAGGCUGAUCCUCUGGGGUCAAAAUUCGGGACUCAGCAGGGGUGCUUUGCAUGAAAGCCUUGUCCCAAUCGAACCACUUCUUCUUGAUAUCCUCACUAAGAUAUUCUCGGGCAUCGAAAAUACGGAGAAGCUGAAGUCAACUUAUGGAAUUACGUUCGCCGAAGACUCUGAACUUGGGACUUCCCACACCGACUCCACGCUCCUACCCACGGCUGUCAAAGACACGAUUCUGGCGGUUCCAAACCUAUUAGAAGCAAUAGACAGACAAAAGAGAAUAACACAGAAUCUAAAGACAAAAAUGCACCUGCACCGCAAAAUCAAGUGGGCAGUCUGGGACGAGAACAAAGCCUCCAAUUUUGUCGAUUGCAUCAAAAGAUACGUUGAUGGGCUCAAUCAACUGCUCACAGAAAGUCAGAAACAGAGUCUUGACGCCGAAAAUACUGCUAUGAGGAUUGCGAUUCUCGGGGCUAAUUGGAGUAAACCGUUGCAAAUGUUGCAGACACUUGAGAUGGCAACAGUAGGGCGUUACGAGAGUUUGGCUCUUCCUGCACGCUUGGCCCGAUUGCGACUUGAAAUGGAGAUGGAAGCUGUUGCACCGCUUUCUGUUCAGCCCACGGCUCUUCCUGCACAUCCUCUAGCGAUUAAUUUCGAUUCGAUAUCUACUAUUGACGAUGGAAGGUCCUAUGCAAAACUCCACGAGAAACAGAUUCUCAUCGAGUGGCGGACCCUACGGACCUCCGAGGCGUGUGGAGAAGAAGGACUUCGGCGAACCAGGCAAGCAGCCAAGCUGGCAGGAAUCUUCAAAGAACUUACGGGGCAACCGAAGAAUUACCUUACACUUGACUGUGUCGGUUAUAUUGACCAAAAAGACCAUAUACCAGCAAGGCUUGGAAUUGCGUUUACGGUCCCAAGCCUUCCACAGAUUCCACACGAUCAUUCCUCCUCAUCUUUGACUUUACAUGACUACCUCACGGAGAGAGAUUUUGAAUACUUCCAACCCGAUCUAGGCUCUCGGUUUCGUCUUGCCUAUGAACUUGCGUUGGGAUUUCUGCAAUUUCACCAGUUAGGGUGGAUGCACAAGAAUAUCCGCAGCCACAACGUCAUUUUUCUUCCCGAGACACCUACCGCUUCGAUACAGUCUCCGCGUAUUGUCGGAUUUGGAUACUCUCGCCCAGCGGAAGGUGGAAUUUCAGACCGUCCAGUACUAAACGAGGAGAUCAACAUCUACUGCCAUCCAGACUAUCAGAACGAUUCUGCUGUUAGCUUCAGGCUUCAGUAUGACCUUUUUGCGAUCGGACUCUUACUCUUCGAAAUUGGGAAGUGGAGGCCGCUCAGUAACUAUUUUCGCCGGCUGAAGGCGAGGGAUAGGUGUGUAAAACCUUCAAACUUCGUGGCGCGAUUACUUGAAUCGGAAGCGGAAGAUCUUGAAUUCCGAUUAGGAAAGAAAUUCACAUCAGCGAUUCUAUUCUGCCUGCAGACUACCAAAAGUGAAUUAGGGGACAUGGACCUAAAAAUUGAAUAUUUCAAGAAUGUGAUCGAUACGUUGCCUAAAUGGAAUCAUAUUCGCUCACUAAAACAUCUUCUCAGCCUCGCCUAA